CCACAGCCUCAGGAACAGGAGCUGCUUCGGCAACAGGUGCCGCAUUUACUAAGAAAGGUGUUAAAGAAAAAAAUUUACCUUCAUUAAGGAAGAAUGCACCUAAAACAACCGACAAUAAAACAAUUUUGUUAACAAUCAUUUUGAAAGUAUUCGUUAAGGAAGUAGAUUUAUAUAGAGGAUGA